AUGGACUACUCGAGUGUUGUGCAAGGCACCCCGACUCUGGAGGAUUAUGCUGACUUGUUCAAUUCUCCACUACUCGCAACAAGCUUUGCCAAAGCACUUGCGGGAGUGUCCAAGUCGAUCUCAGAACCUCGGGGCCCACAUAAGGCAUGGCAAGGAAUAUUCCGGAGCGGACUUGCCCAUUUUUCUACAGCAGUUGGCUAUAGAGACCAUGAAGCCGAUGUGGAAAAUGCUGUAGACUAUAAAGGUUCAGUACCUGAGGAGGAUAUUACGCAACAAACUGGUAUUACAACUGAGUUGCCCACGGAUGAUGGUGAAGAUAUCACGUCACAGGGAAUUGAGAUUGUAAGGGAAGAGAUAGGGGAGGCUGCGGAAGCGAAAGACAUCGCUGAUGACCCUCUGGAAGAUUUGGGCGGUGACACGGGAUUGACCGAGGAAACCGUUGUGGAAGGGACCAAAGAUGAUUCUAAGGGCCUGCUUAAAGCGUCAGAUGAGAGUGUCAACAUCCCUAAAGACAGCAUCUCGAACGAAACCAAUUUGGAUAUUGGCGUGGAAGCCAACUUAAAAGAGAACAUUUCUCAAGUGCCAGAGGGCCUGGAAGUGCAAGGAUCAACUACUUCUGGAGCUGAUAACGCCAAAUCAGUUUCUCUUGAUUUGCAUAAGUCGGAUAUUGAAGAGACAAAUGAAAAGGUGACGCGGAUCUCUCACAUUUUACGCAUUUGGUUUGCGGAGUUGUGGGCUGCAUCGAGAAAAUACAACAAGGACAUGGUAGUAGCGAUUUUUGGAUUGCCUGGGACCUCCAGUGAGCUUACAGAAAAGCAUUUGUAUGACCUAUUGAUCAGAAUCAAGUGGUAUAUCGACAAGGUUCUUGAGGACGCUAACUGUGAAUACUCCACGUCCUUGAAGGAGCUCAUCCUCUUACUUCAUGAGAUCUUGCAUGGUUUGUUUCAGGCUGUUUCUCUUGAGCGUGACAACCAGAGCUCGAACCGCUUUCUUAUUGUGAAGAGCUUGCUUUUCACGUAUUACAAAGCAGAUCUUUCUCAAACCUUAGAUCUGUUGCUCACAUCUACCAAUGGAUCUGGCACCAGCGAAUCGAAGCUCAAAAAAGACGAUUCCGAAUCCAUUACAGGUCUUGAUGAGACCGAACUUCCCGAAAUUUCAAAUGUCCAUUCACCCAAGAAGCAGCAAAAACCAACAGACUUCCGUCUUUCUUAUGGCACUCUUAUGCACAUCUACGUGAUGUAUGAUUCGUUGGCAAACAGUCCUCUCAACAUGCUCCUCGUUGACAAGGUAUCUUUAUCUUUGGACAUCACGACACUAGAGGAGGUUUCCGCCAAUGUGUACACCAACUUGUUGGUACACAAAGAUUUCGAAGAUGAACAGGUAGUCUCGCAGUUUGAAGGCAGAGUGAUCCCACUUUUAUCUGCUCUCUUCAACUAUUACUACGGGCUUUUCCCUGAUGUGCUCAACGCUGAUUUGAGUGUUUCGUCUUUUUUCAGUUGGAUUACUGGUUAUUCGUUUUCUCCAGGUCUGUACGUGGGAAUUAAGACCGUUGAAACAAUCACAAAUUUUCCAAAAAAUUCGAAAUUGAAUAUUCAAGACCCCUUCUUGUACGAAGUACAGCAAUAUGAGGUAACAAAUCGCUUGGGAUCCGGAGAAGCUUAUGAGACAGAGUGGAGUCUUCGUUCACCAACAUACCUCACAAUUUCCUUGAAAAUCUAUCAGCUUAUCAAGAACCCUUCCUUCACGAAGUAUUUGGCGAAAGUUGAUUCAGAGAAAGAGAUACCACUCCUUGACAUUUGGCUCUGUGUGUCGUCCUACGUGCACCAUUAUCAGUUUAAAUCGGCGCUAAACCAAUAUGGUGCACGUAUUUCGUUGUUGACCUUGCUUAAACUCACCUCAACGAAGUCUCCUUGCGUGAAAUUGCUCAGGGAAUACAAAAUCAACGAAUUUAAGUGGAAGCUCUGUCACCAGAGGCCCCCUGCUAUCCCCAUCAGUAACGGAGAUGGUAUAAAGUCUUCAUUGUUGUACAUUAUUGAUCUUGUUCAAGUCACCUUGAGAUUCAAUUUGAGUAAGAGACUAGACAUGGACAAUUGCAAGCUUGCUUUGACUGUGCUAUACCAAAUCUUGCUCGAGGGAGCCGAGUCCAUGUUUGAAGACCUUCAAACGUACAAAUGGCUGGAUCUUUACAAGACCUUGGUGCACUUUUUAAAAUUUGUUGAGAAGAAUUGUAACGAGGAGGACGUCAAGUACGUUAUUGAAGAGGUUUUCUGCAUUUUUGACCUCAUCUUAGGUCCUGCUUACGACCGAAUCAUCGAAAGAUCAAGCGACUUCUGGCUGUUGGGAAGUCAUGUGGCCAAAUCAGUGAACUUCGAGCUCUUCUACCAGAUGCUUCAACACUAUCUGUCGUUGCACGGAUUAUUUGUGAAAUAUAUCACGAAGAAACACAACUUUGCCAAGGUCGCAUCAACUUUUGAGUCAUUGACUGAAGAGUUUGAUCUUCUGAGCACUAAAGAAUUAAACAUUGAUGAAGUGACAGUUAAGCUCAACAAAUUGUCGCUAUUAAACGAAGACGAGUUCGCCCCCACAGUCUUGCAAAUGAACAAGUUCAACUACGCCGAGACUUUCAAGUACUUGGACAAGUACCAUGACUACAUUGAUUUUGAGAAGCAGGUUGAGAUUGUGGACAUAUUCAAUUUGCUCUACGACAACAAGUGGGUGGAACAGAAAAAGGAACGAAAGCAUUAA